CAGCCGGAGUGUGCAGGGAAGCCAGCGGUGGUUAGACCGGAACCAUGGAGCCCAGUGUCCUUCUCCUCCUCGCUCUCCUCGCGGGCUUCUUCUUACUCUUAGUCAGGGGUCACCCGAAGACCCGUGGCCGUCUUCCUCCAGGACCCCGCCCUCUGCCCAUCUUGGGGAACGUCUUGCAGAUGGACAGAAGAGGCCUCCUCAACUCCUUCAUGAAGCUUCGAGAAAAAUAUGGAGAUGUGUUCACAGUGCACCUGGGACCAAGGCCCGUGGUCAUGCUGUGUGGGACAGAGACCAUAAAGGAGGCUCUGGUGGGUCAAGCUGAGGCUUUCUCUGGCCGAGGGACAGUUGCUGUGGUUAAGCCAGUCUUCAAGGAUUAUGGUGUGAUCUUCGCCAGUGGGGAACGCUGGAAAGCCCUUCGGCGAUUCUCUCUAGCAACCAUGAGGGACUUUGGGAUGGGGAAGCGAAGUGUGGAGGAGCGAAUUCAGGAGGAGGCCCAGUGUCUGGUGGAGGAGCUGCGGAAAUCCCAGGGAGCCCCCCUGGACCCCACGUUCAUCUUCCAGUGCAUCACAGCCAACAUCAUCUGCUCCAUUGUCUUUGGAGAGCGCUUUGACUACAAAGACCGCCAGUUCCUGCGCCUGCUGGAACUGUUCUAUCAGACCUUUUCACUCAUAAGCUCAUUGCCCAGCCAGCUGUUCGAGCUCUUCUCCGGCUUCCUGAAGUACUUUCCUGGUACCCACACACAAGUCGCCAGAAACAUGCAAGAAAUCCUUGACUUCAUUGGCAACAAUGUGGAGAAGCACAGGGCAUCUUUAGACCCCAGUGCUCCACGAGACUUCAUCGAUACCUACCUUUUACGCAUGGACAAGGAGAAGUCCAACCAACAUACAGAGUUCCAUCACCAGAACCUCGUGAUCUCCCUGCUCUCUCUCUUCUUUGCUGGCACCGAGACCAGCAGCUCCACGCUCCGCUACGGCUUCCUGCUCAUGCUCAAGUACCCCCGGGUUGCAGAGAAAGUCCAGAAGGAGAUUGAUCAGGUGAUCGGCUCACACCGCCUACCAACCCUUGACGACCGCACCAAAAUGCCGUACACUGACGCAGUCAUCCACGAGAUUCAGAGGUUUUCAGAUCUUGUCCCAAUUGGAGUGCCACACAGAGUCACCAAAGACACAGUGUUCCGAGGGUACCUGCUCCCCAAGGACACUGAAGUGUACCCCAUCCUGAGUUCAGCUCUUCAUGACCCACGGUACUUUGAACAGCCAGACGGCUUCAAUCCUGACCAUUUCUUGGAUGCCAAUGGGGCACUGAAGAAAAGUGAAGCUUUUAUGCCCUUCUCCAUAGGAAAGCGCAUUUGCCUUGGCGAAGGCAUCGCCCGCAAUGAGCUGUUCCUUUUCUUCACCGCGAUCCUCCAGAACUUCUCCGUGUCCAGCCCUGUGGCUCCUAAGGACAUCGACCUCACUCCCAAGGAGAGCGGCAUCGGCAGAAUACCCCCAACAUACCAGAUCUGCUUCCUGGCCCGCUGAGUGGGAUGAAGUGGCCAGGUGUCCCUACCUCUGUUGAGAAUGGUCCCACCUUUCUGCCUCUGAGAGGCCUGCAGGAAACCAGACCCUGGGUCAUUGCUCACAUCCUCCCACCUAUGGCGGCUU